GCCGCCACGGCAGCCGCCGCCCCGUCCUUCGCUCCCUCCCUCCCUCCCGCCUCCCGCACCGCCUCCGCCCCGCCGAGCACAGCCGGCACCGCGCUCCCCUCCAUGCGCCGCGCCGCACACCGACUGCGCUCGAACGGCGGUCGCUGCGGUGUGAAAGAAAAUGUCAGUCAGCAUGCAUGAAAAUCGCAAAUCUAGGGCCAGUACUGGCUCCAUAAACAUAUACUUGUUCCACAAGUCAUCCUAUGCUGAUAGUGUCCUUACUCACUUGAACCUUCUGCGUCAGCAGCGUCUCUUUACAGAUGUGCUUCUCCAUGCUGGAAACAGGUCAUUCCCUUGCCACAGAGCUGUUCUAGCUGCUUGUAGCCGCUAUUUUGAAGCAAUGUUCAGUGGAGGACUGAAGGAGAGCCAGGACAGUGAAGUCAAUUUUCAUAAUUCGAUUCACCCAGAAGUCUUGGAGCUUCUUCUGGACUAUGCAUAUUCCUCCAGGGUCAUCAUCAAUGAGGAGAACGCGGAGUCACUGCUGGAGGCCGGUGACAUGCUGGAGUUUCAAGACAUUCGAGAUGCUUGUGCAGAAUUUCUGGAGAAAAACCUUCAUCCCACCAACUGUCUCGGCAUGCUGCUGCUGUCAGAUGCUCACCAGUGCACCAAGUUGUAUGAACUCUCUUGGAGGAUGUGCCUUAGCAACUUCCAGAGUAUCAGUAAAAGCGAAGACUUCCUUCAGCUGCCAAAAGACAUGGUGGUACAACUCCUUUCCAGUGAAGAAUUAGAAACUGAAGAUGAAAGGCUGGUAUAUGAAACAGCCAUCAAUUGGGUCAACUACGACCUGAAUAAGCGUCACUGUUAUCUGCCUGAGCUAUUGCAGACUGUGAGACUGGCCCUCUUGCCAGCCAUAUACCUUAUGGAGAACGUGGCCAUGGAAGAACUCAUCACCAAGCAAAGGAAAAGCAAAGAGAUUGUAGAAGAAUCAAUAAGAUGCAAGUUAAAGAUCUUACAAAAUGAUGGAGUGGUCACUAGUUUGUGUGCCAGACCCCGUAAAACUGGACAUUCACUUUUUCUUUUGGGUGGCCAAACCUUUAUGUGUGACAAGUUGUACCUGGUGGACCAGAAGGCAAAGGAGAUCAUUCCAAAAGCUGACAUACCAAGUCCACGGAAAGAGUUCAGUGCUUGUGCCAUUGGCUGCAAAGUAUAUAUCACUGGGGGACGAGGGUCAGAAAACGGAGUUUCCAAAGACGUGUGGGUGUAUGACACCCUUCACGAAGAAUGGUCGAAGGCUGCUCCCAUGUUGGUAGCUAGGUUUGGACAUGGCUCUGCCGAACUUAAACACUGUUUGUACGUAGUAGGAGGACACACUGCAGCAACUGGUUGUCUUCCAGCUUCCCCUUCAGUAUCCUUAAAGCAAGUAGAACAAUAUGACCCUGUGACCAACAAAUGGACCAUGGUUGCCCCUCUGCGAGAGGGAGUCAGCAAUGCAGCCGUAGUCAGUGCGAAGCUUAAGCUGUUUGCUUUUGGAGGUACGAGCGUUAGCCAUGACAAGCUGCCCAAAGUUCAGUGCUAUGAUCAGUGUGAAAACAGAUGGACAGUACCAGCCACCUGCCCCCAGCCCUGGCGCUACACAGCUGCAGCUGUUUUGGGUAACCAGAUUUUUAUUAUGGGCGGAGAUACCGAAUUCUCUGCGUGCUCUGCUUAUAAAUUCAACAGCGAGACAUACCAGUGGACUAAGGUGGGAGAUGUGACAGCUAAACGCAUGAGCUGCCAUGCAGUGGCAUCUGGAAACAAAUUGUAUGUGGUCGGAGGCUACUUUGGCAUUCAGAGGUGCAAAACGCUGGACUGCUAUGAUCCUACGUUAGAUGUAUGGAACAGCAUAACAACUGUGCCCUAUUCACUAAUUCCCACGGCAUUUGUCAGCACAUGGAAGCACCUCCCCUCAUAAUUAUGUGUGUGUUGCAACUACAAAUUAUCAGCUCACUCCUUUAUUUGGAGAAGAAAAUUGCCUCAGAUCUGGAGAAAUGGUUUUAAUGAAGGAAGAUCGUUGAGUCUCUUGCAUUUGAAGAAAGUCAUCUGCACCUUGUAAAUUAUCUAUCCUAGACAUGAAGGAAUAGGAGGGGAAAAAACCUGUUUUCAAUGCUUCAGCACAUGGUUUAAAUAUGAAUGGAUGAACCUAUGAUCUGGUCCCUGUCUAGUAAUUGUGGAUUAAUGCCAAUAUUAAUCAGUCCUUCAAAGAAGAAAAAGAAGAGUCCGAACUUCUCUGAGCUGUGCAACACACAGUACUCUAUUUCCAUGGACUUUGUUGUUUGUAUGAGAAAUCUGAAAUGGUCACCACCUCUCUUUGAGGUGGUUUGAAGUGCCAUCACCAGCUGUGGGAGAAGCAGGACGGAUCUGAAACAGUGAGAUGCCACUGUGAAUGAAGAUACAGUGGUAUUGCAGUUGAACUCUGCUAACCAGAGCGUGCUUGUCUGUGGGCAGCGCCUACAGUAUCUCUCGGAUCCUGUGUUGCAUUGUCCUGCGUGCAGUGACUGACCUGCUUAAUAAGGAACAGCCCAGUGGUGAAAUGUUUCUGCAACAGUGGGGAAGAAAAGAUGUCCCCCAAAUGCUCCUUGUUCUCUUUCCUCCCUAUAUUUAUAAGUAAUUCAAACUGUCCCAUUCUUGUUAUGUUACUUCUUGUAGAUGCAGUUAUUUAUUGUUCAGUGCUUGCAUGCUGAAAGGAUGCCUGCAAUUGUCUUCAUGUUGCAAGGGCUUGUGUGAAUUGUUGUAUGUUUUGCACAUUUUGUGAUUGCUGAUUUGCUCUGCUGCACAAAGAAAGAAAACUGUUGGGUAACAGUUGGAAGUGGGGAGAAGGUGUGGCUUCCCAGUCAGAAAUGGAAGGUUUACAAGGCAGGAUCUUAAAUUACACAUGUACUAAAGGAAGAAGCCAUGGAGGUCACUUCCUCAGGCCACCAGCUCCCCAGGCUGUGUGUGGUGUGUCUUGUAGAUGGUGUCCUUGCUACAUUUCAUUUGUUGGUCAUACCUUUCAAUUUCUAAUCUGGAAAUAGCCAAAAUCUCUUGCAGAUCUCUCUUUGUGCAGCUUCCUGAUUGCAACGCAAAUACUGUGGAAGAGUUUCUGGAUACCAAGCCCAGAUGAAGUCAUUGUCCAAAGUUAUUUAUUUAUUUAUUUGCUUGGAGGAGGGGGAUCUACAAUAUAGACACAUUGAGCUGAAUGAAUGGACUAUGGUGAUUCAAGAAUCAAAACAAAAAAACCUCAAGAUAGGUUAGUGAUGAAGUCUUCUAAAAAAACAAAAAAAAAGAAAAAAGAAGAGCAGCAAUUUUGCACUGACUGGAUUGCCUCAUUCAUCUGGAUUUCAGAUGAUAAUCUGAGUGGCCAGGUGUCAAAGACUGAAGUGCUCUAGCAAAAUUCUUAUGGGGAUAGAAAAUAAAUUUCAAACCUCUUAAUCUUAAAAAUGGCCCUCAAACUCUGCUGCCUUUUAUUUUCCUUAGCCAGGUGUGUCUUAAACACUUGGUUGCUCAGAAGCGUUGGAUACAAUCCUGAGAAACAAAACUUUGAUUUUUAAAUAAAUUUGUUCCUUAUUAGUCUGGUCAUGAGACAGAGAUGGAACAACUCUUUCUUCUGGAUUUUGGAAACUUAGGUUUCACAGGUACUUUCUUUGCCAGAUCCUGUCAUGAAGCAUGUGUUGUAUUGUGUUUUUUCCUAAAUGUUUCUGGAGCCUGACUUAACUGGCACAUUCAGUAACGUGGUUGGUGUGUGCUGCAUUAUAAGUAAACAGCUGCAUGCAUGCAUGCAAAACAAAAAUAGUCACGUUGGUGAUGCUUGCCUUUCUCUGUGUGACGGUGAUGUAGCUGUAUUUGUGAAAGCUUUGUCAUCUCAAAGUGUUUACACUGGUCACUGGAAGUUUCCUCUGUUCUGCCUUACAUGUGACUUGCUGUUUGGAGUAGACCCUUACAUUUCAGAAAUAGAAUAUUUGGAGUUCUGUGAAUACUGAGAGAACAGUGAUUAGCAAAGACAUCAGCAUUUUUUUUAAAGAUUGAGGCCUAACUAGAUGUGAACAAUUAUAGUUCCUCUGGUUAAACCGAUUUCUCAAAAUGAUAGAUUAAAGAAGUGUUUAAACCUACAGCCUUCCCCCCUCCUCCGUACACCCCAGCAUUGAUUCUUUUCUCUUAGAUGUUUUUUAAAUAAUAGGAAAACAGAUAGGAUAGCUUUCUUUUCUAUAUCCCUUUACUUGCACAGGUUGCCCCAUUGAAGCAGUCUUGAAUAGCUCUUGGCUUUCGUCUUGUGGAUCACUCCUGGGAGUGCGAAGGAAGCAGUAAAAUCAGAAUUCUUGUGCUUGGCGUGUCCUCUCCUCGGGUGCUGGUGACUGCACAAGAUACAUGGAAGCAUAGAACUGGGUCCCCAGGGGUGCCGUUGUUUGAAUAGGGGCAUAUAGGUUUGAGGCUUGUUUUCUCCAUCAAGCUGAUUAGAGUCCAGGUGUGAAGUUGCACUGCAUCUAACUACUUAGCUUAUGAAAUUUGUUUUGUUAGUGCCAUGCAGCUUUGGAAAGGGGGAUGAAUUUUCUGCAGCUGUUUCCAAAGUUGUGGUCUGCUUUCAAGUCCUCCAUUAAUUCCUGUGUGUAGACUGAAGGAAGCUGAAGUGAGGGUGGGCGUAUGGCUCUGCAGGAAAUAUGCUAGGCUCUUGCUCUUUGAAGUGAUGUGGGAAUCCUGACUAGCUACUUGACCAUUCCAGUCCUGUAGAACACCCCAUACUUCUAAGUAAAUGCAGUUCACAGCAGAGUGCACACAAAACCCCGGGCAUAAGAUGGGGAGGUUCCUCUUAUUUUGCAGGCUGGUUGCUGUAGAAACAUGUAACAAAGGACAGCCUUCCUCUUCUGGUGUAAUUGUGCCAGCUCCUUUUCUCUGUGCCUGACACCUGUCUGAAUAAGAGUGAUUAAAGCAGAAUAAUGUUUCCUUUCCUGGCUACUAAAGAAGUAGUUCAUGUGCUAAAAGAAAAACAAACCAAAACUGUGCAAGGGAAGAAGUAAAAUUGUCUAUGUUGUUGUCUUUUUGUUUGCUACUACAUCUUAAGGUUUUGUAAAACUUGUGUCUUUUUUUUCACAAUGUGAAACUGAAGGUCAAUAAAUUAUUAGAGAUUUUCUCUCGAUGGAA